UGACCGAGAGACGGUCCAGCCUCGCCGCCUGAGAAGCCAUGACCGGCCGGGACGCGCUUUCCGACGGGCGUGCCAGGAGCAGAGCACUGGUGCCCGGAGGCCCGCCCACUGGCUCGCGCCCCCGGGGCUUUGCCAUCACCGACCUGCUGGGCCUGGAGGCUGAGCUGCCCGCACCUGCUGGCCCCGGGCCGGGAUCCGGCUGCGAAGGCCCCGCGGCCGCGCCCUGCGCGGGUCCAGGGCUCUGGGGCUCCUGCCUGGCGCGCGGGGCCCUCCCUCUGGGGCUCGGCCUCCUCUGCGGCUUCGGCGCGCAGCCCCCUGCGGCCGCCCGGGCGCCCUGCCUGCUCCUCGCAGACGUGCCCUUCCUGCCUCCCGAGGGGCCUGAGUCCAGCGCCCCGCAAGUCCCCGGCCGCCCGCCGACCCCGGCCGCCCGCCAGAAGCGCAGCGAGAGCGUCUCGACGUCUGAUGAGGACAGCCCAUCUGAAGACCGGAGUGACCUGAAGGCGUCCCCCGCCCCAGGCAAGAGGAAGAAGCGGAGGCAUAGGACCGUCUUCACUGCCCACCAGCUGGAAGAGCUGGAGAAGGCCUUCAGCGAGGCCCACUACCCUGAUGUAUACGCGCGGGAAAUGCUGGCCGUGAAGACCGAACUCCCCGAAGACCGAAUACAGGUCUGGUUUCAAAACCGGCGGGCCAAGUGGCGGAAGCGGGAGAAGCGCUGGGACGGCAGCAGUGUGAUGGCUGAGUACGGGCUCUACGGGGCCAUGGUGCGGCACUGCAUUCCGCUACCUGACUCAGUCCUCGGCUCCGCGGAGGGCGGCCUGCUGGGCUCCUGUGUGCCCUGGCUCCUGGGGAUGCAUAAAAAAUCCACAGGGAUGAUAAGGAAAGCAGAAAGUGAAGAAAAGCUGGCAGGACUCUGGGGCUCUGACCAUCUCAAGGAAGGUUCUAGCCCACAUCAGGCAGGACCCCAGAGGGGCUUGGAGGAAGGCAGCCCUGAGAGCAGCUUGGAAGACGUGGCCAUUGAUCUCUCCAGCACCACACGUCAGGAGACCAAGAGAGCACAGCAGGGGUCUGGUGCCCAAGGAUGUUCAGACUCUGAGGGCCUAGUGGGGCUCCAGCCAGGGAAGGAGGGGGCCUUAUGAGGCUACAGGUCCCCUCUCCCCCACCAAAGGCUGGAAAUGUGCACAUUCCUCACCAGCUCUUUUCAAAAGACAAAAGUUAUCGAAGACAAAUACUCUCAGAUGGAUUUUCUUCUUCCGGUGUCAGGAUGAAAUGCAAUGCCACUUGCUUUAAGAAGACAAAUGGUGACUUAUGGAAAAUUCCAUUUCAUUCUAGAAUGGAAAUCAUUCCUUAAAGGCACAUGAAUCAGUUAAUUUGGUGUAAAACUUUUAUUCUCUUCUGUAGAACUUGAGGGAGGAUAUUAACUCCAAAAGCCAUUUUCACUGCCAGACAUCCCAAGAUUUGGUUCAAUAUACUGUGUAGACUCACAGGUUAAGUCUGCUGUCCUUACUCUGAAUCCAAAAAUACAAAAUUAUUUAACCUACAGAGAAUCAUAUAUCUUCAUAGAUACUGAAGACUUCAUGCAGACCUCAUAUGAAUGAAACAUAACAUCUUUACCUUGAACUUGGCUUUGGACUUUUUCAUUUUCUUGUUAGGCAAUGAUUCUAUGUCCUCCUGAGUGUCAUUUGAUCAGGUCUGUGGAACUCUUCCAACCAAGACAGCCCUCUCUCCCUUCCCUUCUGAAACAGCACAGGACCAUAUCUGAGCAACUAUUGAAUAUCUAUACACAUUGUUUUAAAUUCAGACCAGGCCUUCUCGGUUUUGUAAAAUUUAUGUCAGAGAGCACUUUAGUGACUUGAUUUCGUGAAUGUUUCCUUGCCUGUAUUUCCUUUCCUUUAUUUAUUAUUUUAAAAUAAACGUUUUGUGGUGUG